AUGGAGCCCCGAAUAGCAACUCUCCUAGGGGACUCGCCCCUCGAACGGCCCGCCACCGACGCGCUCUCAAGGCCGCCACCUCCCCCUCCUGCGCCGCGAAAGCCGCACCCCGUGGAGCCCACGACAGCAAAUGACCAUGUGCGCGCGAAUGCACCCUCGACAGCUUCGUCGCGGCUCGGCCAGAGCCAGAGCCAGAGCCGCCAUCAGCAUAGCCCGAGCCAAGAAGCUGUGCCGAAGCGACAGAAGCCCAGCGCUCCCAUCGCGAGCGUGUUGAACACGGUUACACCCUUCAGUGGGCGCCUGAGUGACCUGCUCCUGGACCCGUCCCAGCAGCAGGCGCCCAAAAGGAAGAGGGUUGAGGAGCCCAAUGAUCCUCUACCGCCGACAGGUUCUGAGAACUCGCUGUUGACGCUCCCCAAACCCCAUCAACAGCCCAAGAAGAGCACGAAGCGACCAAGAAUCCCACCGCUUUUGCAGGGCUUGCAUCAGGUGCCUCCGCAGGCCCAGAGCAGGCUUUUCCCACCCAUUACGAGCGAAUCGGGCGCGUUUAGUAGGGACCUCGGAGACGGUGCAGCACUGCGGACAACAACCGGUGCAGAGAAGAGGAAGGAGCUUGGUGAUGACACAGCGCGGAAUGCAGCAUCCGGAGAUGGCGCGGCUGGGGCGCAAGAAGACGCUCAAAUUGAAGCGCAAGGGAAGCCUGCCUCUGCGUCUACGAGCGACAAGGAAAAUCGGACAGCUACGGACCGCUCUCCAACGUCUACUACACCGACAGCAACCAAGGAACUGAGAAAGAGGAACAAGUGGUCGGAGCAGGAGACCAAAGACUUGCUAGUCGGUGUCAGCAGGUUCGGUAUCGGCAGCUGGAAGAAGAUCCUCCAAUGCCCCGAUUUCACUUUCAAUCAGCGCACCGCUGUCGAUUUGAAGGAUCGAUUCCGAACAUGUUGUCCAGGAGAGGGUCUCAAAGCCAGAAAGUCAAAGCGCAAGGGUGAUGCACACGAUGAUAGCUCACAGAACACGACUGUAUCAUCUACGACUACCAGCAUGUCAAGCAAUCAAGAUCCCGUUGCACAGGAAACACUUGAUACUAUCAGCUCGUUCCGGAAAAACCGUGGAGACACUCAUCGGAAGGGGCCUGCAGAGCUCCGCGAGAUGGGCAUACACGGGUCCUUCACUCGAAGCAAUCGCAGAGAGCGACGUCCGUUCACUGAGCAAGACGACGCGAGCCUGUUGAGAGGCUUCGAAAAGUACGCGUCGUCUUGGCAUUUGAUCAGGGACGACAAGGACCUUGGCUUCUCCACUCGCCAGCCGACAGACCUGCGUGACCGUUUUCGCAUAAGAUAUCCGGAGAUGUUUGCCAAGGCCGGGUAUAAGCUGAAGCCAAAGGACGAGGCGAUGCUGAAGGAGAAAGAGAAGGGAAAGAACAAGGAGGCAGCGGACAGCCAGACUUCCGCUAACAGUAACAAUUCUCCAAGCUCAUUGUCCAGAGUGAAAGCUUCGGCACCCGACACAUCGUUCUCCAGCCUGACGUCGACCUCAACUUCCAAUUCUAACCUCAUGCCUCUCGCUCUGCGUGAGUCCUUCCUGACUUCCUUUGCGGGUCCGCUAGACGACUUUGGUGACCUUGAUUCGGAGGCCGAUGGCGACCACAGCCGUAGUCCCAUCAUCCUGAAUCGCAACAUCUUCGAAUGGGCAGACGCAAACCCUUCGCAAAUGGCUGCAGUGACUACAACCAAUCUACCAUCUAUGGGUCAUCUUGCCAGCGACGCCCCUCUCAGCAUCUCCAAUGUGACAGACGCCACGCACAUCAACCCUAUGAUCACGCUGAACCUGCCCAUGGCGCUGUUGAACUCAAACGUUCUUUCCUCGGCGACAUCGCAGCCAUCUUCGUCCCACGCUGGCCCCUCAUCGCGCCUUUCCGAUCUCUACCACCAUCCGAAUCCUCCUGCUCCAGCACCUACGCCCGCUACUACGGGCCUUUCAACAGUAACCACCAAGCACACGACCGAUCCCAUCUUCCGCACUCCAAAUCUUCCCACCAUCGUCUUCCCGCACGUCCCCGCAUCAAGCGCUCGGAGCGCAAUGCACAACCUUCCUCCGCCCGCGGACCUUCUUUCAGGCUUAGAUCCCGACGCCCGGCCCGAAGCACAGACAGCUCCUUUUAUGUUCGACGACGCCCUAGGAUUUGCAAAUGCUGGGGCUUUCUAUUCCCCUGGCGCGACGCUAGCACCCAUGAAUAGCAUGCCUGGGAGGGAGAUGCUGACCUUGGAACGAGGGCUGUUGCAGGAGCCUGGUCGAGGGGGAUGA